GAAGCGCGCCCCCCGCGCAUGCGCGCCAUGCUGCGCCUGCCGCCCGGUCUGCGCCGCCGCCUGCGGGAGAGGCCCCCCCCGGCCUCGCCGCCCCCCUCGGCCCCGCCGGCCCCCCCGGUCCCGCCCUUCGCCUUUGCCCCCUGCCGCCUCCGGCUGGGCCCGCACCACCCGCUCCUCGAGGAUGGGGACGUUCACCGGCACCUCUACCUGCGGGGCGUCCUCACCGGCCUGGCAGCGGUGGCCGAGAGACCCAAGGUGUCUGAAUUCAGUUGCCACAUCUCUGGGUGCUGCCAGGUUUUUGAUACACUGGAGGGCUACGAGCACCACUACAACACGCUGCACAGGAACGUCUGCUCCUUCUGCAAGCACUCCUUUCCAUCGGGGCAUCUCUUGGAUAUUCACAUCUUGGAGUGGCAUGACUCACUUUUCCAGAUAAUGGCCGAGAAGCAAAACAUGUACAAGUGUUUGGUAGAGAGCUGUGUGGAGAAGUUCAAGAGCAGCAAGGACAGAAAGGAUCACUUGGUCACUGUUCACCUUUAUCCUGCUGACUUUCGGUUUGAUAGACCGAAGAAAGUGAAAAGUAGCCCCAAACAUGUGAGCUCUCCCCCAAAGCAGGGUGCCAGUGUGCCAAUGGACGUGAGCACGGAGAUGUCGGAGCAGUUCCAAGUGGACCCUAUGGAAAUAGGGUCCAGUGAGAACAUGGAGAUCCUUCCACCUACAGCCAGCCCUGGCCCCUUGGGGUCAGGGAAACGACUCUAUAAAUCUAGGAUCCCAUCCACGAUUUGCUUUGGACAAGGUGCCACCCGAGGAUUUAAAGGACCAAGGAAGAAAGUCUGAAGUGUUUUUAAAAGCUCCCAGCGAGGACAGCCCUUGGGACCACACGCAGACAUGGGUGGGUUGAACUCUGCAUUAGUUGUUCGCAGAAAGAGCCUCAGACUGAGGCAGAGCGCUGCAGUGUGGAGGUGAGAGGAAAUCAGAUGCUGGAGCUGAGACUAUGCAGGAUUAUGUUUUUGAUUAUUUUUUUUUUCCCCUUUGGGAGAAAAAAAUAGAGUCAAGAAAUUCCAAGACAAAAUCUGCUGACUGUACAGAAGCUGGAACCACUGACAAAAAUAAAACAGGAAAAUAAGCAUUGGUCCCUAAUUCUGGCCUCUUCCACCUCACUGAAGUCUGCUCCGCUCCCCGGCUCUGAAACCCACUCAAAAGGUUUACCCAGGCCAGGAGAAGUGCAGCUCAUUUCCAUGGGGAGUUAAAAUAAAGUAACUUCCAACUAGGUGAAUAAAUAUAAGAAACUUUUACAAAAUUGCUUCGUAGAGAAUUUAAAUGCUGUUCUGAAGCCCAGGCAGAGACAGAUGUGAAGAUUAAACCUCCCUUUGAUCCAAAUACCCCCAAAUUAGGUUGAGAGGGAGGUUAUUUUUCCUUUUGUCUUUCCCUUCCUUUUUAAUCUCAUCCUGUCAGGAGAAAAGGUGGAUUUGAAACGCAGAGCCAGGCUCAAUGUGCUGCUGUUGAGGUCUUGGGGUCCUGCUGAACUGUGACACUUAAAAAAUUGUCUGUAAAGGGGGGAAAAAAAAAAGGUUGUGGAAAUGGCAUUUAUCCAAGCUUAGGAUCCAUAAUUGUUUUUUUUUUCCUUCCCCGUUUCCUGGAGGACCAAAGGAUAAAAACAGCUUUGAAAAAUCCUUGCAGAUAGGAGCAGAGAAUGAUGCUUACAGAGAUGUAUGAGAUUUCCCUGUGAGUUUUAAAAUGCUUCACUCUGUUUAAAACUCA